GAGCCGGGUUGAACACAAAUUUACUGUUAACUCCCUUUGAGGGAAAGGGGAGAGAGACUGAGAGAGAGACGGAGAGACGAAGGGGCGGAGGGGCGAAGGAGAAGCCAUGGAGCACGAAGACGUCGACAUGAUUGGCUUGGAGACCAACGAUGCUGCGGAGUUAGAUGACAUGAAGAAGCGGUUGAAAGAGAUGGAAGAUGAAGCUGCUGCUCUACGUGAGAUGCAAGCCAAGGUCGAGAAGGAAAUGAGUUCUGUACAAGAUCCAGCAAGUGCUGCUGCAAGUCAAGCAAAUAGGGAGGAAGUGGAUGCACGGUCAGUGUUUGUUGGCAAUGUGGAUUACUCAUGUACCCCAGAAGAAGUACAGCAACAUUUUCAGUCAUGUGGAACUGUAAACAGAAUCACUAUUCGCACCGAUAAGUUUGGACAACCGAAGGGCUAUGCGUAUGUUGAAUUCCUUGAGACAGAAGCUGUUCAAGAGGCCCUCCUUCUGAAUGAAUCAGAACUGCAUGGUCGACAGCUGAAGGUAACUGCCAAGAGAACAAACAUACCCGGGAUGAAGCAGUAUCGUCCACGCCGAUCCAAUCCGUAUAUGGGUGCUCGAUCCAGGAGCCCAUAUGUUGCUCCUCCUUAUUUCUUCUCACCAUUUGGAUACGGGAAAGUCCCAAGGUUCAGAAUGCCAACGCGUUACGGCCCCUACUAUUGAAUGUUAUUUUUGUUUGGGGCAUUGUUGAAUUAGAGAUAUCGUACUUAAAUGUGUUUGCAUGCCCUUUUGUUUUUUUUAUGAAGGAAAUUGAUGUUUGGAUAUAAUUUUAAGAGAUCUUUUCCUGUUUAAAAGAAAUGGAGUGUGAGCAAGCACGACGCAGGUCAAUCCCUUCGAGCUCUAUCACUGUGUAUAGAAGAAGGUUCCUCUGGACUUGCUGCAGGUACGUUUUCAUGAUCUUAAGUA